UUGUGUUUAUCUGUCCAUAGGAUGUGUACGAUGUUCUCUUCGGGUACAGAAACAAGGGAAAUUGACAGAAGUGCAUCGGUGACAAGCAGUUAAGGAAAACACAAAGGGUAAACUGUGUUUACCUGAAGAUUCUUAAAUUUGCGUUGUAAUAGCCUGAUUAAUACUGAAAAUGUCACAGUUACUAUCAGCUGUACGUCGAACACAAUCAAAUUAUCAAGACUUGGAUAAGUCAUCGUCAGGAGAGCCUCCUAUUACACCUGAAGAGAUUGAAAUGACUUCUGUCUCAGUGAUACCAGAUGAUACUUUCACUGUGACACAGGCUGUGAAUGCACUGGGCUUUGGGAAAUUCCAAGUUCGUCUGUCUUUGCUGACAGGCCUGUGUUGGAUGGCAGACAGCAUGGAGAUGACUAUUCUCAGUGUGCUUUCGCCAGCACUGCACUGUGAGUGGCACAUCUCACGCUACCAACAGGCUCUCACUACAACAGUGGUUUUCUUGGGGAUGAUGUUAAGUUCGACUUUUUGGGGCAAUUUGAGUGAUAGAUAUGGACGCAAAACAGCACUGACUCUGUGUGGAGCACUGCUGUCGUGUUAUGGCCUCCUGUCCUCACAGGCACCCAACUUCCUCUGGUUGUUACUGCUGAGGGGCCUGGUUGGCUUUGCCAUAGGAUGUGUGCCGCAGUCAGUGACAUUGUACGCCGAAUUCCUACCAACAAAACAAAGGGCAAAGUGUGUUGUUCUUCUGGAUUGUUUCUGGGCAUUAGGUGCCUGCCUGGAGGUUGUCUUGGCCCUGCUGGUGAUGCCAACACUUGGUUGGCGUUGGCUGCUGGCUCUAUCUGCGGUUCCCGUCAUAGUGUUCGCCUGUGUGACUCCAUGGCUGCCAGAAAGUGCCAGGUAUCACGUUGCAAGUGGCAAACCUGAAGUGGCCCUGGCCACACUGCAGCAAAUUGCACACGAAAAUGGUCGACCAGAAUUGCCAGGACGUCUGGUGGUGGAAUCUGCGUCAUCAGCUACCAAGCGUGGUCGUGUUACUGAUCUCCUGUUGCCAGAGCUCAGGAGGACAUCAUUGCUGCUUUGGCUGAUCUGGACUGCAUGUGCCUUCUGCUAUUAUGGUGUCGUCCUCAUGACAACAGAACUUUUUGAGGCUGCAGAUGGUACUUGUUCACUUGCAGCAACUGUCCUUCGACCAGUUGACACUUGUAGUGCUGACUGUCGUGAACUUGCUGCCACCGAUUACAUGGAUCUUCUCUGGACUACACUUGCAGAGUUUCCAGGUAUAUUUGCCACUAUAUUUGUUAUUGAAAGGUUCGGUCGAAGGAACACAAUGGCUGUGCAGUUCGUGAUUUUCACCAUCUGUAUUUGCUUCCUCUUUAUUUGUACAAGCAACCGAGGUUUCCUGACAUCAGUCCUCUUUUUGGCAAGAGGCAUCAUUGCAGGAGUGUUCCAAGCUGCAUAUGUUUAUACACCAGAGGUGUAUCCGACCCCUCUCCGAGCUGUUGGUGUAGGUACCUGCAGUGCCAUGGCAAGAUUAGGGGCAAUGGUUACACCAUAUGUAGCCCAGGUCUUGAUGCAGGCAUCACUGAUACUUGCUACAGCAGUGUACGCAGUGGCCGCUAUAAUGGCAGCCAUAGCUUGUUUUAUAUUGCCAGUUGAAACUCAAGGAAAGGAGAUGAAGGAUGCUGUUGCAUCCAGACGAAAUCCUUCUCCUCGUUGACACUGCAUAGUAAUUUUAAGUAAUUUGUUAGUUAUAGAAGUAGACGAAAUUACAAGUCUCAUCAAAGAUCAUGUGAUACUGGGAAUUGGGAGCCCCAUAGAAAUGUUAUAUGGGGUGACACAGUAAUUAUUGUGUUGCUGCUGUAGUGGCCAAGGAAGACCAAAAAUGGGAAGCAGUGGAUCAUAAACUUGGUAUUAACAUUUCUUUACUAUUAAGAGCUUGACAGCAUAGUUGAGUAAGCAUGAGAAAAUUUUUAUAUAUUACUUAUU